AUAUGCUCGUUCUACUCUGUCUGCCUAAAAAGAAGCAUGUCGUUUAUUGAAGUCCUUUACCCUGGAAAUCAGCAAAGGCGAGAUAAUUGCGUGAGACUUUCUCAGGAAAUAUAUUCCGCAAUGAAAGGAAAUUUUGAUUCAACAAAUGAUCUUAUCAAAAUUAUGCAUACUAAACUCGGAGCUGACAUCGCACAUCUGAUAUUUUACAAAGAUAAGACAAUUAAAGAAAAUGCAGAGAAUUUCCAUAGGAAGAUAGCAGAAAUACAGAGCAAGCUAGAGGACAGUUUAAAAAUAAAUAAACAUAAGAUUGACCCUUACCUGUAUGAAAUGCUUGAAAAUGAUGAGUUGGAGUUAAGCGGCAUUUACAGACAAUUGCGAAUUUCUGGCAAGGUGGUUGAUCUGGUUGCUCAAACAAUAAUCUUAGCUUACUCUGUUGUUCGAACAGUACUUAUGGCUUUGAAUCAGAUCGUAAGGGCUUUUUGUAAACUUUGGAUUGGAGCCCUUGUGCUUGGUGUCCUUGUAUUAGGCGUUGAUCUAAUAUUCAGUGCCAUUGUCGGAGCAAAAGAAAGAAAACAUCUGGAAACUACCGAACAGGAGCUUCAAGCAGUCGUUGAUGAAUUUGUCCCAGCCAGCAGAAUGUACACCAAAGAGAUAACUCGGAUUGAAAUGCGCUUAGAAGAUUUGGAGGACCACAGAAAAUAAUGAUGAAGGAUAUGUUAAGAGUCAGUGAAUAACGGUGACCCUUUGCCUUCAUGGGAUACAAAUCGAUUACUUUUUUUCCAUUUUUUUUAAAAUAUGCAAAAUUUAAUACAGUUUCUUUUUACUCAUGGAUGUAUUUUAAAUAAUCUGUUUGUUUAGCUUUGUACAAUGCAUUUUUUUUAAUUUGCAAGAUUAAAUAUUCUUUUCUAUAAUAUAUUUACAGAGAUGCAAUAUUGUAGGAAAAAUAAUACCCGAGUGCUUUAUUUUUUAUCAGUAGUGACUUUCCUGGUGCACAUUUCGAUUUAUUUUUUGUUUUACCGAUAUUUUAUACAUAUCACACUUGUAUAAUAUUCUGAUCUUAGCACUCACUGGCUUUCUUUUUUCAAAUAAAUUUACAAAACUAUUAAAAUAAGCGAUUAGCAGUUAAAGGAUAUAGUUGUUUUUUUUUUAACCAAAAUAAAUUGCUUUUUUUAACUGUUAAACAGCCGUAACUUUGAGAAAUUUGAAGACACAGAUAGAAAAUGAUGAAUAUUUUUUUAAUCAUAUUUUCAUUUUUUAAAAUGAAAAAUUUUGAAGGUUAUUCCUCUUUUUUUGCAACUCUUUUUUUUCCAUCCCCUUUUCUCUAAAUCCUCUUUCACACUUUUUGAUCUAUAACACUUUGUAUUUCUAGCUUAUAUGAUUAAAGAAAAAGAAAAAGCAAGAAACGAUAAGCAAAAAAAGUUGUCCAUUAUAGGUUACCAUUAUAAUAUUCCUUUGUGUGUUGAAAGAUCUUAUUCUUAACCAUAAAGGGAUCUAAUAUAUAUUUUCUUAUCAAAUAUUUUUCCUACUUUGCUAAAAAUAUACAGACUAUAUAAUACAGAUUUUUUUUUAUGUAUUAGAUUUGUAUAAAAUGUUUUCCCGACAUCAUUUAGACUUUCCUAUAAUUUUUUAUUUGUUUUAGUACAGCUCACAACAAUUAUAUGGAAUAGAAUAUUCUGUACUUUCAACUAUUUUCAAUUUAAUAAAAGGCAAAAUCUCAA